AUGGUUGAUCAGUAUAAAAAUGGAGAUAGGAAAGGGAAAGGUAUACUGGUUGAUGAUGAUCAUAAUCAUAAGGGGAAGUUGGAGGAUUUGCAUGUUUAUGAUAAUCUGCCGCGACUACUUGGUCCAGAUGAUAAUAUAAUGCUUGCUUUACAAGAAAGCCAAACGCCUUCAUCUCCAGUUAUUGAGAAGGAGAAGCAGAAUCCUGAGCAGCCUCCAAAAGACAAACCUUCCCUUCUUCUUUAUACUACUCGCAUAAAGCCUCGCCUUUUAUGGACUCCACAGCUUCAUGCUCUUUUUACUGAUGCCGUUAAUGUGCUUGGUGGAGCUUCGAAAAGGAGUGUAAGAUCCAAAGACUACGAAGCCCUAAAAAUUAUAGAUGCAAAACUGGGAGAGCAAGGACAGCUUUAUCAGAAACCUCAGGAAGCAAUUAAACAAUACAUAGAUGAUGAAAUAGAGAAUGGAGGUGUACCAACAAUUUUCUGUAAAAAUAUUGCUGGGGUAGGAACAACAGCGACAGCAUUCUCUCUGAAUACCACCCAGAUGAAUACCGACCCAAAAUAUAAUUCACUUGAGAGAACCGAAGAGUGUCUCGGCCUUCAGAGGCAAGCUAGCAGUUCCAGAGAUUAUCAGCCUCAGAACAAGAAUGUCGCUCAUUCUGAAACAAGAAGCUACUUGACUUCAGCUGGGUAUUCAUUUCCUUCAUAUAAUUCAACCAAUGCUAACAAUGUGCAGCUCAGCCUCAAAGAGCAAACCCCGAGUUUUCUGCCCCGGGAUGUUGCUUCUGCAAACACAAACUUAAAGGCCACGCUUGGGUUUUCAUUCCCAACAUACAAUGGAACCAAUGCUUUUGAUGUGAAUGAUGGCCUCAAAGACCAAUCUCAGAGUUUUCUGCCCCAAAAUGCUGAUUAUAAUAGUCAACCUCAGAAUGCAACACGUGGUAAUCAGUCAGAAGAUAUUGUUUAUGGUUAUCAUCCUCCGAAUGCAGCUAGUUUUGCAACCAAUGCCUUUGAUGUGAAUGUUUGCCUCAGAGACCAGCCUCAGAAUGCUGAUUAUAAUAAUCAGCCUCAGAGUGCAACGCGUGGUAAUCAAUCACAAAUUGCACCUUAUGAUUAUCAGCCUCCGAAUGCAACUAAUUUUACAACUAUUGCUUUUGAUGUGAAUGUUUACCUCAAAGACCAAUCUCAGAGUUUUCUGCCUCAGAGUGCAACACCUGGUAAUCGGUUACAAAAUGUAGGCUGUGGUUAUCAGCCUCCGGAUGCAGCUAAUUUUACCACCAAUGCUUUUGAUGUGAAUGUUUGCCUGAAAGACCAACCUCAGAGAUUUCUGCCCCAGAAUGUUGGUUAUAACAAUCAGCUUCAGAGUGCAACACGUAGUAAUCAAUCACGGAAUGCAGGCUAUGGUUAUCAACCUCUGAAUGCGGAUAAUUUUGCAACAAAUGCUUUUGAUGUGAAUGUUUGCCUCAAAGACCAAUCUCAGAGUUUUCUGCCCCAGAAUGCUGGUUAUAAUUAUCAGCCUCAAAGUGCAACUUAUACGGCAGAAAACAAAAUUUCUUAUGGCAACCAUUCAGGAAGCACAACUGAAUCUGCUCUCCAAAACUUCUCUACUUGUGUUGAAAAAUACUCGGGAAGGGCAAAUUAUCCUGCAGCGAACAACUUCCCAAAUUCGUACAGGAAUUACUCUGGUAGAGUAGCGGAUCCGGUGAUCAAUGACUUGCCAUCUGGAACUGCAUUUCAUCCUGAGAUCAAUGACCUGACAACUUCUAAAGGGAAUUAUUCUGGAAAUGCGGUUUAUCCUGUGAUAAAUAACUUGACAUCAUGUGUAGGAAAUUAUUCUGGAAGUGGAGGUUUUCCUGUGAUCAAUAGCUCGACAUCAUCUGAAGGGAAUUAUUCAGGAAGUGUAGCUUUCCUGUAAUCACUGACUUCACUACCAGUGGAAAUUAUUCUGGAACCAAUAAUUUGCCAGCUUCAAAUGAGAAGAAAUAUUCAAAAACUGAUUAUCUGGAACAGGAAGAAUUGAGUGCCGCACUAGCUGCUUUGGGGGACAACUACAAGAGCCUCGUGGAGACACAGGAGGAGGAUCCUGUAGAAGCCUAUAUGAAUUAGGAAAACGCUGAGCCAAAUACCGAAGAUAUUGGCCUCAGCUUUACCAAACUCUUAUGGCCAAAAUAACUGACAGCUGCUUGGACUUGGGUGUGGAGCUUCACGCUGAAGUUUGUCCAUCUUUAGUUCACAAACAGUAAAUAUAACUGAUACAGUUUAUAAGCAGAUAUAAUUAAAGCGAGCAUGGAUUUGUACCUCUAUAUACAUAGACUUGACUUGAGUUUCAGUUUAACUUUUGUGUUUUGUAUUAGCUCUUUAUGUAAACAUGUUGGUGUCGAGUUCAACAAGUUUGCCUCUUAUGCUCUUUUUCUACAUCGAUCAUGAUACAAGUGCAGGUGACAUUUGAAAGAGUCUUUGACAGGGCCAAGAU